UGCACACCGCUGCUUCUGUGGGUCAUGUUAAUGUCAUGCGGGACCUCCUGAAGGGCGGGGAGCUCCAAAGGCCACGAUGGACGGAAUAGGUCUUCAGGCCGUGCACUGUGCGGCGAAGGGCGGCCACAUCGAGGCGCUGAGGCUCCUGAAGGAGAGUGAAUGCGAUUUAACGACCAGGACACCUCGAGGCGCCACAACCCUCCACUGCGCGGCCGAGGGCGGGCACGUGGCGGCGGUGCAGUGGCUUCUCGAACACAGCGGCCUCAGUCUCGAUUCCCUCAACAACGACGGAGAAACUGCCCUCGAUGUGGCUCGAAGAAACGGCCAUCAUAACACUAUCGUCCAUUUGCUGGAGGCCAGACACCAAAGAGACGUGAAGAAGCUGCAGGAUGAGAUGAAAGAGAAAGAAUUUGAAAUUACAAAACUGGCCGCAGAUCUGAAGGUGAAAGAAGAACUGAGAAAGGUAAUACACCACACACACAUCUAUAAACAUGCAUACGUAUACAUAUCACAUACAGACACACACACGCACACAUAUAUAUGUGUGUGUGUGUGUGUGUGUGUAUUUGUAUGUGUGGAA